CACAUCUACAAGUAUCAAUCACAUAAGCAUCCUCAUAGGUAAUCCUAACUAUCUCUUCGAUGUUGCAGUUCAAUGACGAAGUCUUUCAUGGCAUACAAAACCAUUUGUCAGAUCAAUACUUCCAGUAGAGGAAAGGAAUUAACAAUCAAGGCAAGAGUGUCGAGACUAUGGGAUUCCAUAUUGAUCAGUAAUGGUAAAAUACUUAGUCUAGACAUGGUGCUUAUUGAUGAAGAGGGGACAAUGUUGCAUGGAGUUAUCAAUAAGGCAUAUAUCGAAAAGUUAAGGUCAUUUAUUCAAGAAGGCAAUGUGUACCUCAUUAAAAACGUGAGAGUCAUUCCAGCAGCAGCAAAAUUUCGACCUGUACAAAAUGAGAUGAUGAUUAACUUCUCGCCCACAACAAAUAUAGAGGAGAUUGAAGAUAAUGAAGACAUUCCAAAGCAUGGUUUCAACUUUUCAAGCAUGGAGGAACUCUCCCAAAGAGUAAACAUUGACACUUAUCUCUCAGAUGUUAUUGGAGUUGCAACACACAUAGGACCAAUUGAAGAAACUAGAACAUAUCUUGGGCUCUCCAGAAUCCGUGAUAUCUUCCUUCUAAUCGAAGACCAGGAAGUCAAAGUUAGAUUAUGGGGUGAUAAAGCUAAUCUAAUUGAUGUGAAGUCAAUAGGGAAUGUCAUUAUAAUUACAUCAACAACAGUGAGAAAAUUUGGCAGAUAUUCUCUAUCGUCAAAUAGUGCAACUCAAGUUUUUAUAAAUUUAGAUAUUCCCGAGACUAUGGAUGUGCAAAACAGGUAAGCGAAAUUCCUACAAAUAUUGCCCUUUUAAUGUGAAUGUGAGUACUACCUACCCUGGCUCAUAUCUUUUUUUUUCAAAUAGCAUUUUUUGCAAGGAAAAGAUUAUCAAAGAACUACAUGUUGAGGAGAACCAUCUAAAAGGGACACUGGAAGAGCAAAUGCACUACAAUAGAAAAACUUUAGAAGAGUUAAAUGGCAUUCUGUUAGACUCAUCAAAUUAGGUUCGUAAUCCAGCAAUAAUAAUGAAUAGUUUUUUCACACUCAGAAGCAUAAAUAUAUUUAUAUUUUCUCUACAGGGAAGGAUAUUUACCGUGGAAGCAGUAAUUAAUGAUGUUAAUACAAGAUAUGGUUGGUACUACAUAUCAAGCAGUGAAAAUAAUUGCAAGAAGCUACUUGAAAAGAGAAUUGAUUACUACUAUUGUACCAAAUGCGAUAGGAAAGCUCAACGCAAACCACGGUAAAGAAUUUAAUAGAUCUCUAUCUUGAUAGUUUUAAUACAAUAAUUUUUAAAUUAAUUCAUUACAUAUUUUGUAGAUAUAAGAUUAAGCUUCAAAUCAGUGAUUCAACAGCAUCUGCAUCUUGCGUACUUUUUGAAAAAGAAGCUCAACAAUUAAUUCAUGAGUCAGCAGAAAACAUGGUUGCGUCAAUUGGUAAUGAAAGUGAUGAGCUUCCAAAACCAAUCCAAGAGAUUUGUGGUCAGACUGUAAUUUUUCAGUUUAGACUGACAGACUACAAUUUCACCAGUUGUAGACCAGACUACACAGUCUCAAGACUAUUCUUUCUGGACACGAGUAGUUCAUCUAUGAAGAGUGACAACAAUGAAACGGUAUGAUAUUUACUGAUUUUCCUCCAUUCUAUUAUAUUUCUCAAAGUUAAUAUUUGCGUUAGUAACAACAUUCCUAAUUAUCUAUAGAUUGCACUCCCUUAUGCAUCGUGUGUUUCAAAAUGUAUUAUAUUUUAGACACAAUGGUACUGGACUGAUCUUCUGAUGCUUCUGUAGAGUAAGUCAAAGAAUUUUCCAAAAGAUGGUGUCACUAAACCUGAGCCAGGUGAAGAGAGUCGAUCUGUUCAGAUACAUGAUAGAAAUAAUGAUGAAAGAUGCAAAAAUAAAAGCAUGAGUAGGAGAAAGCUGAAACGCUAUGAAGAUUCUGGCGAACAGAGAACUAUGGCACUUGAUACUCCAAAAGAUGAUGAAGUAUUCAAAAUAUAUAUGGAGUUCCUCAUUCAAAAAACCAUAUUUCAAGACAAACAAAUUGGACUAACUCUCUUAUUAUCUGUAGGGUAACUUGAAGAAAAUUCCAAAAGGUGUCAUCAUUAAAAGGGAACCAAUAGAAGAUAUUGAAGAUGAUAUACACAAAGGCAGUGGUGAUGAUGAAGAAGAAUACAAAGUGAUACGAAGGAGUACAAGAAUCAAGAGACAGUAUGUUGUUCUUGAUGACGAUGAAGACUCAGAAGAGAAAUUGAACGCCCCCAAAAAAGCGCGAAAGCACGGCAUAUCACAACGGGGGAGGAAGAAAUAAUUUGUAAUAUUUGGAAUUUGAUUGUUACAAUACAAACUAUGGAUCUUUCAUACUUGACGACACGGAUAGUACUAUGUUACAUUUUCAUAUUUGUUCUAUCAUGUUAUAUAACUGAAUGUUCCUGCAUAUACUCCCUGGCCA